AUGCACCAGUAACUUCUAACUUCUAAGACGGAAGUGAUUGUAAAGACCCGACCCACACAAGCAGUACAUAAGCACUGUUGACGAUGAUGUAAGUUCUGUAGCUUCAUGAGUUUGUGGAGAAAUUACACAGUAUCGAUGCUGCUGUCAUGGCGAUCCCUGCCUCGGUCUGUGGCAGUGGGAAGACGUGCUGCCUCUGCAGUUCCUGCCAGCAUGCUGGACUUUGUUCCAUCCAGCAGCUCGGUGGACAGGAGCUCCUUGGAGCAGCUCCAGGCGUUUGUAUCACAAGCCUCUCGUCUCUUUGUGUUAACUGGAGCUGGACUGUCGACUGAAUCAGGAAUCCCUGACUACCGUUCAGAAGGCGUGGGGCUGUAUGCACGCACAAAUCGUCGGCCAGUGCAACACGCAGAGUUCAUGCGCAGUUCCAAGGCUCGUCAGCGCUACUGGGCCCGCAAUUAUGCAGGCUGGCCUCUGUUUUCUUCUCACCUACCAAACUCAGCUCACCAUGCGCUGAGGAACUGGGAGGAGAAGGACAAAGUUCACUGGCUUGUCACUCAAAAUGUGGAUGCUUUACAUUCAAAGGCAGGACACCAGAGACUGACUGAACUUCAUGGCUGUUCACACAGGGUGGUGUGUAUGGGCUGUGGGCAGCUGACUGCACGGGAGGAGAUGCAGAAGCAGUUUGCUGCACUGAACCCUUCCUGGGAGGCAAGCGUAGGUGAGGUCGCACCAGAUGGAGAUGUGUUGCUGGAGGAUGAACAGGUGCUGCAAUUCAGGGUUCCUUCAUGCCAGUCCUGCGGCGGCAUCCUUAAACCUGCUGUCACGUUUUUUGGUGACGUGGUGGACCGUGAAACUGUGCAGUUUGUGCAUAACAGGCUGGCUGAGGCUGAUGCUGUGCUUGUGGCUGGAUCGUCACUGCAGGUGUAUUCUGGGUACCGUUUCCUGUUAGCAGCCAGUGAGAGACGACUCCCAGUGGCCAUUGUGAACAUUGGUCCUACGAGAGCUGACCACCUUGCUGAGCUUAAAGUGAGUGCUCGAUGUGGAGAAGUGCUCUCAAUCCUCAGUGCCAGCUGAGACCCACAACAGCCAAUGCAUGGAACAUUUUCCCCACUUUCAGUGGUACUCCAACUCAGAAACCUUGUCCUUUUAGUUUUACUUGACAGCGUGUAUAAAACCGUUCGGCUCUACCUCACUGUGCAAUGAUGAGAUGACAAUACAAAACUGGCUAAAUUAACUAUUACUGGUAGCGAGCUUGUUUCAUUUAGUAUACUCAUAUUGAUGAUUGAAAAGAAUGAAGGGGAAAUGAAGAGGGUAGCGGGUUUUAGGUGAUAGUGUAGACACUUCAUAAGAUGUCACUCCUUUUUUUAACCGUUCUAUUACCUGCAACUCAGGGUAACUCAAGUAAGAAAUGUGUGGUGUUAAACUUUUAACUGUAGCAGUGGACUGAUUUUAAGUAGUUUAUUGCCAGCUGAAUACUGAUGGAUUAACUGUGGUCAUUGUGAAGCAAUGAAAAGCUUCUUGACUUGACGGGUCACUGGACAUUAGCCUUAAUUUGUGUUAAUACAUGUAAACUGUUAAAAGAACAUUUGCAAUGGAUUCAUAUGAUAAUAUGAAGAGUUAAAUGUUUAUGGUUGCAUCUGACAUUCAGGUCAUUAUCUCUUGUUGAGUAAUACUCAAUAUUUAAGAUGCGUGUAUGCAUUUACACUUGUACCUCUGAACUCUAAAAUGUGAUUUGUAAAUGGUUAACUACUGUUCAAUGGCUGUUGCUGGUUUUGGGUCAACACAAAAAAAAAAUGUG